AUGACGAAGCCGGAAGAAGAAGAGAAGAACGCCGGCGCGGCGGAACACGCGAUGAAGCUGAUCGGAACGCUGGAGAAUUUCGUUCCCAGUGCGGAUUUUGAUGACUACCUCGAGAGAGCCGAAAACUUUUUCGAGCUGAACUGCAUCACGGAUGAUGAGUUCAAGCGGAAGCUGAUCGUCCAUUUUAUUGGCUUGCCCGCGCUGAAGAAGCUACAGCAAUUGCUGUACCCGAAAACCCACAAGCAGUCGACGUACAAGGAGGUUACCGACAAGCUGAAGUCGUACUUCAGCCCUCAGAAGAACCGGAUCGCCCAGUCCGUGGAGUUCUUCAAGCGAAGCCAGCACGAGUACGAGAAGGUCGCGGAUUUCGCGGUCGAGCUGCAAGCCCUGUCGAAACACUGUGUCUUCGAACAGUUCCUCGACGCAGCCCUGCGCGACAAAUUCAUCGCCGGUCUACGGAACGCCAAAAUCCAGGCCGAGCUGAUGAACAGCCCGGACAACACGAAGUUCGACGAAGCCGUCACGAAAGCCAAGAAUCUGGAGCAGAUCGAGGAGGACCAGCAGAAGAUGAAGUCCCGGAAGCCGGAGCAGUCCGAGAGAGGCCAGCGCAGCAGUUCGCGAGGCAGACCCAGCUCGCGAGGAGGACCACGUGGCCGCAAGGAUUUCCGUUGCUACGCUUGCGGAAAGAAGGGCCACAUGGCGCGGUCGUGCUGGAGCAACAAGGCGAACGUGGUGAACCGCAGCGACGACGACAGCGUGGUCGACUCUGACGACGAGGUCAACCACGUGGUGAACGUUCCGCUGUUCAAGAGUGUGCACGAUUACAAAGAAAAUUUUGCGCACUUGAAGCUGCAGAAGUGUGAAGUGAGGUUAAGGGUUAUUUCGGGCACGAUGUUGAACAUUGCGGGGUCAAUACGAGUGAGAGUGAAGUGCGAUGGCCGAUCGUACACGAUGACCUUGAUCGUGAUCGACGGGAAAAGUACGUUUCAUCCGUUGCUCGGGCGAGACUGGUUAGAUGUGCUGUACCCUGAGUGGAGGCAAUUUUUUGAGAACGAGGUCGCAGAGGUCGACCAAAGUGAGGUUAAGUUGGACAGUACUCGCACCACGUUGCUUUCUAACCUCAACGCACGCUAUCACGACUUGUUCACCAAGAACUUGGAAGAACCAAUCGAGACUUUUGAAGCUAGUGUGGUUCUGAAGGAGGACGCCAGGCCGAUCUUCUACCGGCCGUACGAAGUUCCGUUUGCCCUGAAGGAGAAAGUGUCCAGUGAGCUGGAUAGGUUAGUGCGUGAGAAAAUUUUGGUUCCGGUCAAGCACAGUGAGUGGGCAUCGCCGAUCGUGGUUGUGCCGAAAGCAGAUGGGAAUGUACGGAUCUGUAUGGACUGCAAAGUAACCGUGAACAAGGCGAUCUGUACCGAACAUUAUCCUUUGCCUAACAUAAGUGAUGUUUUUGCGAACCUAAGUGGUUACCGGUACUUUGCGAAGAUCGAUCUGCAAGGGGCGUAUAUGCAGGUUAGAGUGUCGGAGGAUUCCCAGAAGUAUCUGGUGAUCAACACGCACAAGGGACUUUUUGCCUACCAGAGACUACCCUUCGGGAUCUCAAACGCGGCCUCCGCGUUCCAGUUUAUCAUGACUGAGGGCAUUUUGAAGGGGGUAGAAGGAGUACAAUGUUAUCUAGACGACAUUUUGUUGGGAAAUGAGACCGUUGAGGGGUUAGUGGACAAAAUUCACGAGGUUCUGGGACGGCUGAAAGAGUUCAAGGUCAAGGUGAACCUUGAGAAGAGCGAGUUCUUGGUCAAGAAAAUCGCUUAUCUUGGGCAUCAGGUUUCUGAGAAGGGUCUCAGUCCGUCGGAGGAGAAGGUCAAAGCGAUCGUAGAUGCACCAAGGCCGAAAGAUGUGUCCCAGCUGAAAUCGUUCCUCGGAAUGAUCAACUACUACUCCAAGUUUGUCCCCAAUCUGUCCGUGAAGUUGUGUCCCUUGUACGCGCUGUUGAAGAAAAACGUUCAGUUUAAGUGGUCUGCUGAGUGUGAAAGUGCGUUCGACAAGUGCAAGAAGCUCCUGUUGAGUAACCGACUCCUAGAGCUGUACAACCCUGAUCUACCGAUCGUGGUCGUGUGCGACGCGAGCUUGAAUGGCGUGGGAGCCGUUCUGUGCCACAGGUUCUUCAAGUACAUCUACGGUAAGCAGUUUACGGUUGUCACCGACAACAAGCCGUUAGCAGCCAUUUUGGACCAGAAGAGAGGUCUGCCGCCAUUGGCAGCGGCGCGGUUGCAGAAAUACGUUUAUUUGCUUUCGAUUUUCGAAUUUGGGAUCGUGUAUCGCAAGGGGUCGAAGAUUCCAAAUGCGGACGCUUUGAGUAGGCUACCGGUUUCUGGUACCACCGGGGUCGACUCGGAGAUUGCUGAGCUGUUGAGCGUGACCGAGGAGUCAGCCAUGAUCGAUCUGGAGGUCAUAGGCCGGGAAACUCAGAGAGAUGCUCUGCUGAGUACGCUUUUCCAGCUGGUGCAAAGUGGGUGGGACGAGAGUAACGUAACCGCCGACCUGAAGUUUUACUUCGCAUACCAAAGUUGUCUGUCGUUGUUCAACGAUUGCGUACUUUAUUCGGAAAAAGUUGUUGUUCCGAAGUCUUGCCAAAAACGUGUUCUAGAGCUGAUGCAUGGUUGUCAUCUUGGAGUAAUCCGGAUGAAACAAGAAGCUCGACGGUACGUUUACUGGCUGGGGUUGGACAAGGACAUCGAAGAAUUUGUACAGCGGUGUGAGGUUUGCAGUAAGACCGGAAGAAUGCCGAAGAAGGUUUACUCGAAGUGGCCGGAGGCAAGUAGACCGUUCGAGAGAGUCCAUCUGGAUUUCUUUCACUUCGCUGGAAAAACGUUUUUGAUUGUCGUUGACGCCUACUCGAAGUGGAUCGACGUGAGGUUGAUGAGUAGAACCGAUUCAGAUUCGCUAAUUAACGCUUUGAACUCUGUGUUCCGUAUAUUUGGGAAAAGCGAUCUGAUCGUCAGCGAUAACGGACCGCCGUUUAACAGUCAAGCUUUUGUGGACUACGCGAGACAGAUGAAGAUUGAGCUGAAGAAGAGUCCGGCGUAUUCGCCCGAAAGUAAUGGUCUUGCGGAAAGGGGGGUCCAGACAGCCAAGAGCGGUUUGAAGAAACUGAUGGCUGAUCCGAAGUACGGUAGCUGUAAGAUUCCGGAACUGGUCGAGGUUUUCCUGUUUAGUUACCGGAACAGUUACUGCCAGGCGCUAGGGUGUUCGCCUGCGAGCAAAAUCUUUUCUUUUGUGCCAAAAACCGAUUUGGACAGCAAUUUGAAGCCGAAGCAAGAAAAGGUUAAGAAAAGGGUUAGAUUUGAUCUGCGGGUCAAAGAAAAGGUAAUUGAUAAGCGAGAAAGUGUCAAUGAAAAGCCAAGGGUCAGGAAAAAGACGAUUACGCUAUAG